GAAAUCGUCACGACGUGAGCACACAAUUUCAUUUGCGCAGUCCUCGCCUACCGUAUUCACAACCACCCCCAACAACCAUGAUGACCACGGCCACGAUAUCAACCCAAGCAGCAACGACCGAGCCUUCGUACGUGGUUCCAACCGGGUCCGCGCCAACCUCGUGCGUUUUCGUCGCCGCCGCCUCAAUUCAGUCGUGCGUUCCCGGUGGCAACGAACAAUGGGAUGAAGAAGAACAGUUCGGGUCUUUGUGCCUUCACGCCCCACCCGACGCCAGCUUGCUGUAUCAUGAUGCGGCGUCAAUUCAGCAUUACGCUUCUGACGCGUUACGUCAAUGUUAAGGCCGCACUGACGGCCGUCGCGCCGUGCCCGGUCUUCCUCUCGCUCGACCGGUUUGCACGGCACCCGGGGGCUCGUCGCCUGGAUCUCGAGGCUGACGCUCUUCAGAUACUGCGUGAGCCAAACGCCGGCGGUAACAGCAUCGUGUCCGAGGCGCUCUCGAUGCAAUACAUGCAUGAACUCCUCGGCGCCUUCGACGUCGUUACCGAGAUGCGAAUCAAGUAUUGGAGCGAGAACUGGAAGAAAGUUGACUACCUCUGCUCACUGGCGCCCGACUGCCGCAUCGCUGUCAGCGUCACACGCGCCAUGAAGUUUCCAGACCCCGCGGCAUGGACGGCAAGCGAUGCUAUGCACUUGCUCAAGAAGAAGCUGUUCGGCCUCGUCGUGGCGCGUGCUGGUGUCUGCAAAGCCCAGCGCUACACCAAGUCAAUCCUACACAUUUGGUGCCAAACCGACGCGAUUGCAGCCUCAAUUGCCAGUGUCUACGAAGACGUCGUGACAGAACUUGGUAUCACCGAAAACGUCGUUCUUGUCGCGACGGUCGCCGCUACCGAGUCGUGCAUCUUCUUUGACGAUCCAAGUAUCUUCGAAUAAUUUGAAAGAGAUAUUUCAACUUUGGCG